UUCGCUUUUUUAUAUUUCUUUGGAUUCAUAUUAAAAAAAAAACUGGGGGGAAAUGUUGGUUUAAAAGCAGAAGAAGAAUCGGGUCCCAAGGGCUACAGGCUCUUGGUUAGCAUCACUGUUCUUGGAAGUUCAGGGCCAAUUCAGUUCACUGUUAAUGAGGAAGAGCUUGUUGAAUGUGUCAUUGAUACAGUUUUGAAAGCAUAUGCUCGUGAGGGUCGACUUCCUGUUCUUGGAUUUGAUAUGAAGUAUUUCUUCCUUUACUGCCCUAGUGAUCGAUCGGAUGCACUGAGUUCAUGGGAGACGAUUGGAUGACAUGGGGCGAGGAAUUUCGUGUUGUGCAAGAAACCAAGGAGUGAGUGCAUGAAAUAUGGUGAGAGGUCAAGAAUGAAGGAAGCUAGGAAC